AUGCUCCCCGGACUGCUGAAUCUACUAUGGGCCAUCUCCGCGUCGGCCUACGUCGUUCAAGAUGGCAAUAAAUGUGAACUAUAUCCCGAGUCUCUGAAUAACAACGGCGACGCAGUCGACGAUUCGCCCUCGAUCCUACAGGCAUUUGAAAAUUGUGGUCAGAAUGGCGAGGUAAUCUUCACCAAUAACACCUUCUACAUCAACUCGGUUCUCAACACGACCAACCUUGUUAACUGUGACGUGUCGGUGCGCGGCGAGCUUCAAUUUUCCACUGAUAUCGACUAUUGGCGCGACAACGUCUACUCGGUUGUAUUCCAGAACCAGUCUACGGCAUGGCUUUUUGGCGGCGAGAAUGUAACAUUUCGCAGCGAAGAGGGCGGCUGGAUUAAUGGUAACGGCCAGACCUGGUAUACCUGGGCGAAGGGUACAUCAAAUAUCCCCGGGCGACCCAUUACCAUAACUUUUUUCAACUCGACCAAUUUGUGGGUGGAUGGAUUGAACAUUACCCAGCCGCAGUUCUGGGCCACGCUGGUCUGGCAAAGUUACAAUGUCUCACUAACCAACCUGUACGUUAAUGCGACCAGCAACGAUGGAAGUAGCGUUGUCAAUACCGACGGCUAUGACUCGUGGCAAAGCGAUUUAUUGCUAGUCGAAAACGCCGAUAUAACCAAUGGCGACGACUGCAUUGCUGCCAAGGGAAACACCUCCAACUUGCUUGUUCGCAACGUCACCUGUCACGAGGGCUCUAACGGGAUUACCAUCGGUUCUAUAGGUCAGUAUCCGGACACGCCAGACUAUGUACAAAACGUAACAUUUGACAAUGUACGUUGUCUUGGCUGUCUCGAUGGCGCUUUUAUCAAAACCUGGUCAGGCACUCCUGUCACGACAGACUCCAACGGUGAUGCCGGCGGUGGCGGUACCGGCUUGGUAAAGAACGUCACCUACAGCAACUUCUAUAUGGAAAACGUCGGCCUUCCUAUUCAAAUCUCGCAGUGUAUUUAUGCAGAGGCCAAUGGAUCCGGAUGCAACACCUCGACUCUUCAAAUUGAGGAUGUCUCAUGGAUUAAUAUCACAGGGACGUCGCAGUUCAAUAUCGCCGCUUCUAUGUACUGUUCCGAUGCCGCGCCGUGCCCUGGGAUCAAAUUUGAUAAUGUCAGUAUCCAGUCAGUGAACCAAACCUUGGGGCUGCCGGCCUAUGGAACCGAUCAGCAGGAUGAGGUGUUCCAAUGCGCAAACCUGAUUGACCAGGACUCAACUGGCAUCCCAUGCAACUUGGUGGCACCUGACAACUAUGGGCAGAUUGUGUCUAGCAAUGUCCAGGCACAGUAA